AUGACCACCGGCGGCGGUGGCGAGAGCGCCUCCAUCGAAGUCACGGCGACGUGGGCGGUGGCGGCGGUUUGCUUCGUUCUGAUUGCGACUUCCGUCCUCAUCGAGCACGGCCUUCGUCUCGUAGCUAAGUAUUUUGGAAGAAAGAGGCGAAGGUCUCUUCUUCAUGCUCUUAACAAGAUCAAAUCAGAUUUGAUGCUUUUGGGGUUUAUCUCCUUGUUACUGUCGGUACUCGAGAGGCGAAUCGCGAGCAUAUGUAUUCCGAGAGGUGUCGGCGAAUCUUUCCUUCCUUGCAAAAGCCUCACUAGUGUUAUGGAGGAGGAAUCCAAAUGUCAGCAGCAGAUGAAGAGAUGGGAAAACUGGGAGGCAGAAACUAGAUCACUCGAAUAUCAAUUUUCAAAUGACCCAAUGAGGUUCCAAUUUAUUCAUCAAACGUCAUUCGGGAGGCGGCAUCUCCAAUUCUGGAGUGAACAGAGAAUGCUACGUCUGCCGGUCAGUUUUCUCCGUCAAUUCUUUGGAUCAGUUUACAAAGUAGAUUAUUUCACUCUUCGACAUGGGUUCAUAGCGGCCCACUUUGCCGAAGGGAAUACCUUUGACUUCCAAAAGUAUCUAAAACGAGCACUUGAACAAGAUUUUGAGGUGGUCAUAGGCAUGCGUCUUUGGAUCUGGUUCUUUUCCGUACUCUUCAUAUUCUUCAACGCAUAUGUAUUUCGGAACUAUGCUUGGCUCCCCUUCAUCCCGCUAGUGAUGCUACUGGUGGUUGGGACUAAACUGCAAGGCAUAAUCACCAAAAUGUGCUUGGACACCAAUGUUAAAUCCCAUGUUGUCAGGGGAACUCCGCUCGUUCAACCGGGAGACCACUUCUUCUGGUUUCGUCGACCGCAGUUGCUACUCCACCUUAUGCAUUUCAUCUCAUUUCAGAAUUCCUUUCAGCUGGCCUUCUUCACAUGGUCCUGGUAUAAAUUCGGACUGAGGUCUUGUUUCCACCAAGAAACGGAAGAUAUCGUAAUAAAGCUAGCGAUGGGCGUAAUAAUCCCCAUUCUCUGUGGCUACGUCACUCUCCCUCUAUACGCUUUGGUCACUCAGAUGGGCACGUCCAUGCGUAAAUCCGUAUUCUCUCCGGAAGUUGUCGAGGGCCUCAAAAGAUGGCGGGAUAAAGCCAGGCGAAACCUGGCCGUAAAUACGAGCCCGAAUCCAGCACAACUUUCCUUGGACACGUCAGUCGAGUCGUGUCCUUCUUUCAGCACUCUCGAUGCUUCUCAUGUGCUGGAUGUGGACUACACGAGUGAUGAUGGGGCUGAGUCGGUCGGGAGAUUGGAUGGGGAAAUUGUAGCCGAACGGCCGCCCGUACAACGUGGUUCGUUCGAAGGCUUUGAUUUGAGCAGAGAGUUGACAAGGAGAAGCUAG